CUUUUGGGAGCUGAGAUGAAUGCAGAAGCUGGGAAGAAGCGUGGUCAUACUCCCUCUUCUGGGGACAGGAAGGCUAAGAGGAAGCCUAAGAGAAAGGAGACCUACUCAGUCUACAUCUACAAAGUACUGAAGCAGGUGCACCCGGACACCGGCAUCUCCUCCAAGGCCAUGAGCAUCAUGAACUCCUUCGUCAACGACAUCUUCGAGCGGCUGGCCUCGGAGGCCUCGCGCCUGGCCCAGUACAACCAGCGCUCCACCAUCACCAGCCGCGAGGUGCAGACGGCGGUGCGGCUGCUGCUGCCCGGAGAGCUGGCCAAGCACGCCGUGUCCGAGGGCACCAAGGCGGUCACCAAGUACACCAGCAGCAAGUGA